AUGGCUGUGGGCAAGCCUGCGACUCGUACCGGCGGAUACGGCCAGAUCGUGGCCAAUCUGCCAAACGGACGCAGAGGCCAUAAACAAAGUAUACUUCAGGGUGUUCUUCGUAAUGCUGGUCGUUGCCUCCUAGAGCGAAAGAAGCCCGACGAGGAAGGAGAGCUCGAGCUAUCGUCAACACCAACGAAGGCGCGACGCGAUCGACAAGCACCAGCAACAGCAGCGUCAGUAGUGCCUGACACAGUAUAUCCAGCAGCACACCGCUCCGUCAAGAGGACAUGCUUCGAUAUGGGCUACAAUGACAUUGCUAUUCACGAAGAUAAUAGUGCAACUGAGUCAGUGUCACAACGUCUGCAGCAACCGGAAUAUCAGAUCAUGACAGAGGUGGACGACAAUGCUCAGUACUCGGGCGCAGAUGACGAUGACGACGAUGGAAGUGAAGACGAAGUCGACGAGACAGUGGCUGAGGACAUGCAAAAGUUGGAGGAGAAUUUUACAGGCAUCUCAGAAAAGUAUAGACUAAUUAACCGCAUCGGCGAGGGUACCUUCUCGACCGUGUAUAAAGCCGAGCAACUCGGCCUCUCUCUAGAAGACGAUGCCGAGAAUCAGAACCAGGAGGCUGAAUUCGGUAUGCCGCUCACGAGGAAACGAAAACACCCUGACCCGAACCGAUCUCGAUUCGUUGCCCUAAAAAAGAUCUAUGUCACAUCCUCACCCAGUCGCAUUCUCAAUGAGCUUGAACUACUCUACGAACUCCGAAAUUGCCCUCAUAUCUGUCCUCUGUUGACAGCUUUCAGACAUCUAGACCAGGUCGUUGCUGUCUUGCCUUAUUUCCGCCACCUCGACUUUCGAUUGUACUAUCGCGAAUUCUUGACCAACGAUCUACGGCACUACUUUCUGAGCUUGUUUAGUGGACUGGCUUACGUGCACAAGGCGGGCAUUAUACACAGAGACAUCAAACCCACAAACUUCCUAUACGAUCACAGCAAGAAGCAGGGCGUACUGGUCGAUUUUGGUCUGGCAGAAAGACAAGGCACGGAUUGGCAACCAUGUCUAUGUCAGAGAACCAAGGAAGAGCGGAGAGAGCGCUUUCUGACUUCUUAUGCCGUCCAACAUCUGCAGAGCCAGCCAGAUCUGUUGUCUGGAGGCUAUCCGAAGAACGAUGCUCGGCCUAGUCGUCGCGCAAAUAGAGCCGGUACCAGAGGCUUUCGAGCCCCCGAGGUCCUACUCAAAUGCACUGCCCAGACAACCAAGAUUGAUAUAUGGUCGGUUGGUGUCAUUCUCUUGACUCUGUUGGGUCGCCGAUUUCCUUUCUUCAACAGCGCAGAUGAUAUUGACGCCAUGAUCGAGAUAGCCUCCAUCUUUGGCAAGAAGAAGAUGCAAGGCGUCGCUGCCAUGCACGGCUCUGUCUUCGAGACAAACAUCGAGACCAUCGGCGAAAAAGGCUUUACUCUUGAGAAGAUUGUGCUCUGGGCUAGCUGCCGAGAGAAGACCGACGAUGCCCUUCAUAUUGGUGAGGCUCAAGCUGUCAAUCUGUUGGCAGGUCUGCUCGAGCUUGACCCUCACAAGAGACUGAGCGCAAGGCAAGCUCUAGAGCACGAAUUCUUUACAAAUCCUAUAGAGGACGAGGAGGAGCGCAUCGAGCGAGAAGAGCAAGAGCAGAAUGAGAGAGAGUACGAAUUGCACUUGCAAGAAAAGGCUCGCAGGAAGGCAGCUCGCGCAGCACGAUUGAAAGCUGUUUCCGCAUGA